ACGCUCAAAUCCGUCGUUCACCAAGCCUUUUCAAAGCGCGGGAAAAAGUGAAAUGGGCGCGAAAGGCUCAAACCCUAACUAAUGUAAAUCGGAUCUUAAUUCACUCUCUUUUGGUUUCAAUCAUCUGAAAAUCUAUCACCGCUCUUCAUUUAUCAUUGCUUGGUAUCGUUUCUGAAUAAUUCUAUCGAUUCUUCUAGAAAAGCUAAAACUCCAACUUUAUGGAAAAUUUAUCUUUGGUAUGCGGUGGUCUUGGUAUUAUUGAAGAGGAUGACGAUGGCAAUCAGAUCGGGUACAGUACAGGAGAAUACUGUUUAGAUAAUUUGAAGGAUUUGCUGAGAUUUUUAAGGAGAGACGAUCCAGAGACUCGGGAAGUGUUCAAACAAGUUUGUAAAUGGAAUAUAGUGGGAAAAGACAUAUUACCCCUAAUCCAACACUGUCAAAGUGAUACUACCUUGGUGCUAAAUGCCGUGAAGGUUUUGGUGUUUCUUACGAUGCCAAUUGAGCCAACAUCUAAAGAUAUACCACAACAGAUUGAAUACCUUUGGGGUUUGAAGUCCUUAAUCACAUCCAGUCAUGCUAUCCCGGUGAUAAUUACCCUUUUUGAGAACCCACUUGAACAUUUGCAAGGGGAUCUAUUUACAGAGGAUGACUGGAAGUUGGUGCAGUUGGUAGUCACCUUAUUUCACAACAUUUUAGCUGUCCAAGACGUCUCAAUGCAACAGAGAGUUGCUGGAUCAGCCUCUGAAUUUAUCCUUAUUAGAGAUAGAUUCUUAGAACUUCUGUUUGAGGAGAAUGUGAUGGACUUGAUCUUAGUUUUGACACAGCAUGUUGGUGGUUCAUGUGGCAUUUUUCGUCAGGAUAACUUGCUUUUAUUGGAGACCUUCUAUUACAUAUAUAAGGGUCAAGUUCCAGAGUUGAUUGCAAGAGCUCAUUUGGAUGCCUCCACAAAGGUGGAGGGAGAUGCAGAAGCUACUGCCAUUGAUCUCAAGUCUCUUAUGGAAGAGGAAAAAGCAAAAAGGAGGCAAACAAUACUCUUUAAUGUGGGUUCUCGGUCACAGUUCAGUGGAUCCUUCACCCGGCUAACUAUGGGUGGUUCCAAAGUUUUAGUUAAAGGAAAUCCUUGUUCAGAUUCUCAUGAUACAUUACUCAAAGGUCAUAAAAACCAGCAUGGUUCAUCCAAAAAGAUGCUUUGGGACAGCGGAAGAAUGCCAACAACAAACAAGAAUAUUCUUUGGUUACUCCAUGAUUUUACUAAUCAGUUCCUGUCAGGAGGUUAUAAUGUGUUGAUGCAAUCAAUCCGUGAGGAUAUUGAGAAAGAACGCCAUGCUAUUGAAACAAGCGAUGUUGUUAGUUUCUUUCAGGUUGCUGAAUUCGUUAUGUCUUUCCAGCACCACAAGUUACUUAGUUCAAAGCCUGAUGCUGAGGUCAGUAUAUCUGAGUCUUUUGGAGAUCAUGAUGCUGAUAGUACUUUUUUUAAAGGCAACAUAUGUGGGUCAAUUUCUGAAACAAUGAACGAGUCAAUGUUCCUACUUGUCAUAUCAAAGUGGCGUACUGCAUUUGAAGGUUUGAAGGAAACGAACAACUACAAAUUUCUUUCUGCAGCAGGAUCCCUCAUGAAAAUAAUGAUACACAUGUUAGAUUUGGUUCUUAAAAUGUCAACUGAAGAUUCCAAGGAGCCUCAAACUGCCCGUGUUCUUCUUUACAAGUUAUUUUAUGAUCAGACAGAUCUAGGGAUGACCUAUUUCCUGUUCAAUCUGAUCAAGUCAUUUAAUGCGCACAGACAACCAAAAAGUGAUCUUGCUGAUCUGGUCGAGACAAUUCAUAUAGUCAUACGGCUGAUGGAAAACCUUCAAGCACGUGGUUCACUGAGGGUUGCCAAGAAGGCAAGGAAGAAAAGAAAGAAGAAAGCCUCAACAGCAAAUAAGGAUGCUCAUGAUGCAGACCAAGAUACUGUUCCACAGGGGCAUUUCGUUUCUGGGGGUGAACAAACUGGAAGUGUGAGCAUGUUAGUGAAGGAAAUGUCACGAGGUUCAAAUGUCGAUGAGAAUGGAGAUGAAGACAUCGUUCAUGGAGAGUCCGAUCAGCCUGAUGUAACUAAGCUGGAAACUCAAGGUACCGAACCCGAAUGCAAUGUGCAACAGAUGGAAAACAGCAAGUGUGGAAACAGUAAUGAUGAUUAUGCCUCGGAUGUUUCUUCUGCUGAUGAACAGCUAGAUGCAAAAAAUGAAGUUGACUUUAAGGUAUCUUCAUUGGUCUCUUCCCUUGCAAACAACACCAUAAUCCAAAAUUUGUGUUGGCUGCUGAAGUUUUACAAAAGCAAUUCUAUCAGAACAAAUCAUUACAUUAUAUGCGCACUAAGAAGAAUUUGUGAAGAUAUGGAGCUUUCUCCAAUGCUAUACCAGUUAUCACUUCUGAACAUAUUUCAUGCUAUCCUGGAAGAGCAGAAGUCAACCCCAUGCAAAGAAUACGAGAAUAUUGUCUUAUUUCUUACGAGUUUGGUUAGGAGAAUGCUGAGGAAAAUAAAGAGUUAUCCCCUUCUUUUUGUAGAAGUUCUCUUCUGGAAGACACGUAAAGAAUGUCAUUAUAUUAAUUGUGAAUCAAUGCUACAAGAUCUUGGAAAAAUGAGAGACAAGCAUAGAAAGCAGGGAGAUGAUGCCCAACAUGGAAAUCUUGGUGAAGUUGGUACAUUUGGUAGAAAUGGAUGGGUUCGAAAAAGCAUCGGUGAUGCACUUGGCGAUGAUGAAGCUGAUGUUGUGGUACCAGAUUGGAGAGAUGAUGACCAGAGUGAGGAAAAUCCUGAUGAUGUCGGGAUUCAGAAGACAUUGAAAAGAAGAAAUUUAGAUGUUGAAGGAGAGAUAGAAAGCAUCAAUGAAGGAACCAACACAGUGGAAGAAUUCAACAAUAAAUAUCCUAUUCAGCACAAGCACGAAAGGGUACGUAAAAGGUUGAAGCCACUUGUUGUUGAUGAUGCAAUGGAAGAAAAGCUGAAGGACCUUUACGAAAAAUAUAAAGAUUGUCCAGAUCUCAGUCAUCGUAUAGUAGCAGAACUUAAUUUGGAAGUUUCACCAGCUCAGAUUUCCAAAAAGCUUAAACAGAUGGGAUUUAAAUUUCCAUCAAAGAGGAGAAUGGCUGGUAUGGAUGUCUCUAAUAUUCAUGUAAAAGACACGGAGGCAGCACUGGAACAACCUCCGUUCAUCAGAAAAAGAGUAGGUGCAUUUAGUGAAGAGAAAGAGAUGAAGAUUAAAACUUUAUUUGAGCAGUUUAAAGAUCACAAGAAGUGCAGCCACAUGAUUGCAAGUGCACUAGAUGGUCAUGGCACAUUUACAGCAGCACAAAUUUCUCGCAAGCUCAGGCAACUUGGCUUGCGUCUACGUAAACCGAAGUCAGGUGAUAAUGUGUAUUUGAAGGAUGAAGAUGGUAAUGAUUUCCCUACAGAAGAUACAGCGGAGUCAGAUGGUGAAACACUAUUAUCACUAAAGAAAAGGAGCAAAAAGAAGCAGAAUUUGGUCCCAACUGAGGAAACGCCAGACCAGAAUAAUGACAAACUAUUAGAUGAUUUUGAUGACAUCUUACUAAGCUCAGCGUUUAGAAGUAAUACAUCGUCACAGACAAGAACUGCAGGAAGCCAAGCUGAUUUGCUUAAUCCCAAUGGUGAAGUAGAAGCCAAAGUUAAUAAAGCUGGAACCGGAGAACAAGAAGACGCCAUGAUGUCUGAAAAUCCUGAUACUAUGCAGGAUUACCAAGUUACUGAUGACUUGGCUGAUGAAGUAGCGGAUUUUGGUAACAAUGCAUCCCAAAAAGCAAGUGGUUCGAGGCGAAAGCUGAGAAUGGUGAUAGAUCCAGAUGAUGAAGAUUAAAGAGAUCACAACAGAAGGGAUCAUGUUCAUGUUAGUAAAGAGUAUAAAAGGCUUUGAUGAAAAUUGAAGAUUAAUGUCAGUGUUGGUUUGGCUUGUUUUAUGUGCUAAUUCCUUCUUAUAUUUUAGCCUAAGCUUUAUGUUAAUAUAACCACCUUGAUAUCCUAUAAAGAGGAGUGAUUCCAAUGCA